GCUGCUGUUUCCGCUCUCUUCUGCUUCUGCCUGUCAUAUCCCAGAAUCCUCUGCGCCACAGAAUAGUGUCCAGUCAUUGUGGUUCAGCUCGGUUCGGUUUCAUCCACCCAGACACAGCAUGAAGGAGACCGCGGCCAAACGACGCGACAAGGCGGGAGGCCGGGACCGGGACUCGAAGGCAGAGAAGCCAAAGGAGCCGAAGGAGGUGGGCCCAGAGCCGCAGGACGUGGAGAUGCCUGAAGAGGAGGCGGCUAAUGCGGCCAAACAGCCAAAGGAGCAGGACAGCCUGACCCUGGACGAUAUUAAGGAGCACGUGAAGCAGAUCGAGAAGGCCGUGUCGGGGAAGGAGCCUCGCUUCGUGCUCCGCGCUCUGCGGGCGCUGCCGUCCACCAGCCGCCGCCUCAACACCAACGUGCUCCACAAAGCCAUCUGUGGCUUCUUCACCAACAACGCCACCACCCGAGACUUCCUGCUGGGCUUCCUGGAGGAGCCGAUGGAGAUGGCCGACGGAGACGUUCAGUUUCGUCCUCGCACGGGGAAGGCGGCGGCAGCUCCUCUGCUGCCAGAGGUGGAGGCGUACCUGCAGCUGCUGCUGGUGGUUCACCUGACCAACAACAAGAGAUACACUGAGGCGCAGAAAGUGUCGGACGACCUGCUGCAGAAGAUCGUCUCCAAGAACCGCCGCGCUCUCGACCUGGUCGCCGCCAAGUGCUACUAUUACCACGCCCGAGUGUACGAGUUCCAGAACCAGCUUGACAUCAUCCGCAGCUUCCUGCACACCCGCCUGCGCACGGCGACCCUGCGGCACGACGCCGACGGGCAGGCGGUGCUGCUGAACCUGCUGCUGAGGAACUACCUGCACUUCAACCUGUACGACCAGGCCGAGAAGCUCGUGUCCAAGUCCGUGUUCCCCGAGCUCGCCAACAACAACGAGUGGGCGCGGUACCUCUACUACACAGGUCGUAUUAAAGCCAUCCAGCUGGAGUACUCGGAGGCUCGCAGGACUCUGACCAACGCUCUGAGGAAGGCUCCACAGCACACCGCCGUGGGCUUCAAACAGACGGUCCACAAGCUGCUGAUCGUGGUGGAGCUGCUGCUGGGAGAGAUUCCCGACCGCCUGCAGUUCAGACAGCCGUCACUCAAACGCUCCCUGAUGCCCUACUUCCUGCUCACACAGGCUGUGAGGACAGGUAACCUGGCCAAGUUUAACCAGGUGUUGGAGCAGUUUGGAGAGAAGUUUCAGGCCGACGGGACGUACACGCUCAUCAUCCGCCUCAGACACAACGUCAUCAAGACCGGUGUGCGUAUGAUCAGCCUCUCGUACUCUCGGAUCUCCCUCGCCGACAUCGCUCAGAAGCUGCAGCUCGACAGUCCCGAGGACGCCGAGUUCAUCGUUGCCAAGGCGAUCCGUGACGGCGUGAUCGAGGCCAGCAUCAACCACGAGAAAGGCUUCGUCCAGUCCAAGGAGACCAUGGACAUCUACGGGACCCGGGAGCCUCAGCUGGCGUUCCACCAGAGGAUCUCCUUCUGCCUCGACAUCCACAACAUGUCGGUCAAGGCCAUGAGGUUUCCUCCCAAAGCGUACAACAAGGACCUGGAGUCUGCAGAGGAGCGUCGGGAACGCGAGCAGCAGGAUCUGGAGUUUGCUAAAGAAAUGGCUGAAGAUGACGAUGACAGCUUCCCAUGAGCCUCUCUGUUCACUUCCUCUGUGUGUGUGUGUUUGCGUGUGUGUGUGUGCGCGCUGAUGUUACCACGUCAGUUAUUACCCAGAAUCCCCCUCUGCUCUUGUUUUCUCCCAUGGCAGCGUUGCUGCUGUUUGUUUCUCUCUGAUAAAUAAAGUUUUUUGUUUACACGCC